AUGGCAGGACAAUCGCUAAAUCAAGUAUCAUCAGCUGAAGCUAUCUUGGUGGGAGCCUUGUCCUCUGGUGUUAAUGCUCCCACGUGGGUCGUGCUCCAGAUCACAUUUUUGCUACUGGCAUUCUGCUUCACCGCGAUGCUUUACCUAGCCUUUUUCUCAAGCGACUUUGUGAUCGUCGGUCACGUCCUUCUGCUCAUAACCAUCGGCGCGGUUCUAUUUGUGCUCCUCAACAGGUUCCUCGCGGAGACCGGCUUCGUCCCGGUCGAACAGCAGAUGCAGGAGAUAGGGAUCCGCAAACCAGAAGCCACAGAGAAAGACAAGAGCAAAUGA